UGGGGCGCUGCAGAAAUCCCCAAACCGCCUGUACCUAGUUCUAUUUUGGGGUUAAGUGGAUUUGAAGUGAGCAGUUUGCUUUCAAUUUCAUCGUCAUAGCAACAGAGUGUGGAAUGAUCCAAGUAACCAUUGGGAUGUUGAGAUGAUAGAUCUCAGAGCAGUUUUUGCACAGUUGUCAACACAUUUCCUUCGCGAACGCAGUCCGUUGAACUUAACUUAAACUCAAUAUGAAGAAACGCUUUGUCUGGUUCUAUCUUACGCUCAUAUUUGCAUGCCAUUAUGCAUUGGAUCAAUUCACGGAGUCUCCCUACGAAACGAUUAUCAACAUCGAGGAGCGGUACCCAGAUUUCCACAUCUUUGAACCGCCCGGAGUGUUGGACGCCACGGAUAGUACGCAUAUGAGCGAGGAGGAUCUGUUUGCCUACGAAGAGUGGUUUACGACGCCUCCGAAUUUCGCUGAAAUGGAGACGACGGCUAACAACCCCACUGAUGGUAACCCAGAGGAAGAUACAUCAGCUUACAUCUCGGAAGAGCAUUUGUACUCGGGAGAGUUCGCACCAAGGCUUAAGAUUUCGUAUACGCCGUAUUCGGCACUGCUGUACCAGGAGGAUGAGUUUGGGAUGGAGCUGCUGUGUCCCGGCUACUGGUUGCAAAGGGAUGUGCUGCUUAUUCGUCUCGAAUGUUGGCUCAAAAAUGUUGCCCUAGAUGUGACUGAUACCGUUACGGAUGUAGUUCUGAACAAGGAACUGAAUCUUGCAGCAAUUCGUCUACAACCGCAAUCCUGUUCUCAGGAAGCUGAUCUUCAUUUGGCAAACGUUCGGAAUACGAUGCCCAUUUCGUUGGAUGACUGUUCGUUGUACGUUCUUCAGGAGGACUAUGCGUUAUUUGAGAUGUAUUCCUGGACCACCCGUCCAUUGCCCUUCAAACGUGCUCAGGUACUGUGCCCCAUCGAUCACAUCUGUCUCCGAACGCGUCCCACAGCACCGCACGGUGAGGACUAUGCGCUGCUUUGCGAUCAUUCGCUCGUUGGAAUGCUAACUGCGGAUCGCACCAAGUACGAGCGAGUGUUUGGCAAACUUACGCUCGUGGAUUUAACGGUGGCAGAACCAUGGAUCAAUCGAAUACUGAAGAUAUUCGAGGAUGAAGAUAAGCAGCGCCAGCAACUCCUAUCCGACUCUCGCUUUCUUUAACACGCACAGUACGGCUUAAAAACUCGUGCUUUUGUUUGGCGCAAUGGAUAGGUAAAACUCUUUGGAUUCUUGACAUAAAUCAUGCAUCGUGAGGCACGUGA